AUGCUGCCGUACAUGGUACUCGUAAUUUUGUUCAGCAUCGAUGCUCUAGUGUUUUUAUCGCUACCGGAGACGAAGUCACGAGAGCUGGCCGACCAAAUGCCUCCGAAAGAAGAGCUAAUCUUGAACAGUUGCAAAUCGACACGCACAAUGAGCAUCCCUAUUGAUGAUGAUGAUACUAACAUUAACAGCACUGGCAAGAAGCCUUGA